AAUUGCAAACGGAAAAAAAUCAAGAAAAAAAAGUGAAGCGAGCGAAAAAUAAGAAACGGCUCGAAUACGAACGAAACCAAACGGCAGGAAUGGCAACCACCACCACAUCCCUCCGCUCCCGCCUCAUCCUCCCACCGCCGCCGGCGUCCCACGCCGCCGUCUCCCUCCGUCUCCGCCCACGCGCCUCCGUACUCCCCUCCUCUUCCUGGAGGAGGAACCUCCGCCUCGCGGCACGUGCGGCGCCGCCCGGCGGCGCGGUGGCCCCUGCGUCGUCGUCGUCGGCGCCGGCGGCGAAGGAGGAGGAGAAGGAUGGGAGCGGCGGGGACGAGGGGCUGUCGGCGCCCGACGCGGAGAGGCUGUGCGAGUUCCUCCGCGCCGACCUGCCGCACCUGUUCGACGACGUGGGCAUCGACCGGUCCGCGUACGACGACCGCGUGCGGUUCCGCGACCCCAUCACCCGGCACGACACCAUCGACGGCUACCUCCUCAACAUCCGCCUCCUCAAGCUCCUCUUCCGCCCCGACUUUUACCUCCACGCCGUGAAGCAGACAGGGCCGUACGAGCUCACCACGAGGUGGACCAUGGUGAUGAAGUUUAUGCUCCUGCCGUGGAAGCCGGAGCUGGUCUUCACCGGGCUGUCGAUCAUGGGCCUCAACCCGCAGAAUCUCAAGUUCAACAGCCAUGUGGAUCUUUGGGAUUCGAUCGAAAAUAAUGAAUACUUCUCUUUCGAAGGAUUAUGGGAUGUUUUCAAGCAGCUACGGUUUUACAAGACCCCAGACAUAGAAACACCAAAUUACCUUAUUCUAAAGAGGACCGCACAUUAUGAGGUUAGAAGUUAUUCACCAUUCUUAAUAGUUGAAGCAAAAGGAGAUAAACUGACAGGAUCUUCAGGAUUCAAUAAUGUAACUGGAUAUAUAUUUGGCAAGAAUGCUUCAUCCGAAAAGAUUCCGAUGACUACACCUGUCUUCACUCAAGCUUCUGAUGGCACACUUUCAGAUGUAUCCAUCCAGAUAGUUCUGCCGAUGAACAAAGACUUGAAUAGUUUACCAGCUCCAAAUACAGAAGCGGUUACUUUGCGGAAGGUAGAAGGAGGCAUUGUUGCAGUAAAAAAAUUCAGUGGACGACCAAAAGAAGAAAUUGUGCUCCAGAAGGAAAAGGAUCUACGCUCCCAAUUACUUAAAGAUGGACUGAAGCCUCAGCAAGGUUGUUUGCUUGCGCGUUAUAAUGAUCCCAGGACAAAGAGCUUCUUAAUGAGGAACGAGGUGCUGAUACGGCUCAAUGAGUUCACACUGGAAUUGUAAUCAUCAUAGCUGGCAACAGAUUUAUGUAACACUAGGUGUUGGGCUUGGAUAUUUCAGUGCAUCAUUAGAAAGGGCAAAUCUUGUUGAUGGGUGGAUGUCCUUUAUGUAAAUGUAAAUUCUGAAAGGUAACCGAAAAGGUUUAAGAAACCCUGGGAGGUAACACUUCGAAUAUAACACCCCCAAACUCGUCGAUGAGGAUGAUAUUGCUACCUGCUUCAUAUACUUGAUCAAAGUAAUGCUGCAAUAGAGAAUUUCAAGAAGAUGUAACAAGAUGGUUGAGGGAACUAAAUUUGAUUGUAACAUUGAUUUAUUUGCAUUUGUUUCACAAAAGCAGGUCAGUGUAGCAUUCUUAUAAUGAGGUAUCUAUGUUUAUUUGCAAAAGAUAUGUGAAAGAGUGCAAAACUAGGGGGAGGAAAUAGGCAGUCUAAAGAACUAUACAUUGUACACGUAAUUGAUAACUAACUUAGAUCAUAUGAUUUGUGCCA